AUGUUUCCAAUCCUUCAAACUGGGAUCACGAAUGUACCAAUCUCAGUUGCCGCAACCCUGAAGGAUGCUCGCUACCCAGAGGUACCGUCCUUUCCACCAGUGACACGCCGCAAGCAAUUUGGAAUGAAGGAUGAAAACCUAGAGGCGAAGGCAGAAAAGAAGAAAGACCGCAAGAGAAAGAGAGGUGAAGGUGAGAAGGGCAAAGCCGACAAGGUUGACAAGAAACGUCGAUCCAAAGCAGCGGCCAAACGUCGAGCCAAUCGAAAGACAGGCCAGAAGAAGGGGAAAGCACUCAGUAGGAGUCCAUCGAAGCAAUGGUUGGGGGUUCUUCGCAGUGGCAAAAAGGCCAAGUCCUCAUCGAAGACUCCAACUGAGCCUGAGGCUAGUGUGGAGCGCACUGAACGCCCAUCAUCGUCAGAGGGGCCACCCAGAUAUUCAAAGACCAAGCCAAGCAAAUCAUCGAAGUCCAAAGCAGCAGCUCCAGUGGAGCCACCGGCAGAGAGUCCAGAGUUGAAAGAGAAGAAGAACACAAAGAAAGUGAAGAAGAACACAAAGACGACG